AUGUCGUCGUGGAACAACCCGAAUCCGGUCACCCAACUGGAAUCCACCAAUCCAUAUGGAAACUACACGGUGGUUGACACUGCGCCCAAGGAGAUUCUCCAUAUGGUGCAUGAGCACUGGUACCAGUUCCCUCCCAUGAAUCCUCUUUGGUACGGCCUUGUUGGCUUCUGGAUGGUUAUCAUGGGAUGUCUCUCCAUAGCUGGAAACUUCGUCGUCAUCUGGGUCUUCAUGAACACCAAAUCUCUUCGAUCGCCUGCUAAUCUUCUGGUCGUCAAUCUGGCCUUUUCCGACUUCUUGAUGAUGCUCACCAUGUUCCCUCCUAUGGUGGUGUCGUGUUACUGGCAGACAUGGACUCUUGGGGCACUUUUCUGUGAGAUCUAUGCAUUCCUUGGUUCUCUUUUCGGUUGCGCUUCUAUCUGGACCAUGGUGUUCAUCACUGCUGAUCGAUACAAUGUCAUUGUGAAAGGAGUUUCUGCUGAACCACUGACGUCUGGAGGUGCAAUGCUAAGGAUUGCUGGUACAUGGUUCUUCUCCUUUGCUUGGUGCCUUCCACCUUUCUUUGGGUGGAAUCGUUAUGUCCCCGAGGGUAACAUGACUGCAUGUGGAACAGACUAUCUGACUGAAUCGGAGUUUUCUAAGAGUUACCUGUACGUCUACUCAGUAUGGGUGUACAUCUUCCCUCUCUUUUACAUCAUUUACAGUUACACCUUCAUCGUUAAGGCUGUUGCUGCUCACGAGAAGGGAAUGCGAGAACAGGCCAAGAAGAUGGGAGUCAAGUCGUUGAGGAGUGAGGAAGCCCAAAAGACCUCUGCUGAGUGUCGUCUGUGCAAGGUUGCUCUGAUGACUGUCACCCUGUGGUUCAUGGCCUGGACCCCCUACUUCGUCAUCAACUGGGGAGGCAUGUUCAACAAGCCCAUGGUUACUCCUCUAUUCUCCAUCUGGGGCUCCGUCUUCGCCAAGGCCAACGCCGUCUACAACCCCAUCGUGUACGCCAUCAGCCACCCCAAGUACCGAGCUGCCCUUGAGAAGAAGCUUCCUUGCCUUGCCUGCAACACUGAUGGCAGAGACGGUGGUGGCUCUGAUGCCGGUUCUACUGCUACAACUGCUGAAAAUAAUGAGAAGGCUCAUACCCUUGCAGAAAAUGCCAUUCAAAAUAAAGCGCAGUCACCUGUCAGGCGUUCCUACUCAGCAGAGGGAUCUGAGCUCAAAGUAGUCCCAGCAAGAAGUUCUUUGGCUCAGUCGAAACAUCGUUCCAAAUUAAAGAUGUCGUCGUGGAACAAUCCGAAUCCGGUCACCGAACUGGAAUCCACCAAUCCAUAUGGAAACUACACGGUGGUUGACACUGCGCCCAAGGAGAUUCUCCAUAUGGUGCAUGAGCACUGGUACCAGUUCCCUCCCAUGAAUCCUCUUUGGUACGGCCUUGUUGGCUUCUGGAUGGUUAUCAUGGGAUGUCUCUCCAUAGCUGGAAACUUCGUCGUCAUCUGGGUCUUCAUGAACACCAAAUCUCUUCGAUCGCCUGCUAAUCUUCUGGUCGUCACUGCCUUUUCCGACUUCUUGAUGAUGCUCACCAUGUUCCCUCCUAUGGUGGUGUCGUGUUACUGGCAGACAUGGACUCUUGGGGCACUUUUCUGUGAGAUCUAUGCAUUCCUUGGUUCUCUUUUCGGUUGCGCUUCUAUCUGGACCAUGGUGUUCAUCACUGCUGAUCGAUACAAUGUCAUUGUGAAAGGAGUUUCUGCUGAACCACUAAGGUCUGGAGGUGCAAUGCUAAGGAUUGCUGGUACAUGGUUCUUCUCCUUUGCUUGGUGCCUUCCACCUUUCUUUGGCUGGAAUCGUUAUGUCCCCGAGGGUAACAUGACUGCAUGUGGAACAGACUAUCUAACUGAGUCGGAGUUAUCUAAGAGUUACUUGUAUGUGUACUCAGUUUGGGUGUACAUCUUCCCUCUCUUCUACAUCAUCUACAGCUAUACUUUCAUUGUCAAGGCUGUUGCUGCUCACGAGAAGGGAAUGCGAGAACAGGCCAAGAAGAUGGGAGUCAAGUCGUUGAGGAGUGAGGAAGCCCAAAAGACCUCUGCUGAGUGUCGUCUGUGCAAGGUUGCUCUGAUGACUGUCACCUUUGGUUCAUGGCCUGGACCCCCUACUUCGUCAUCAACUGGGGAGGCAUGUUCAACAAGCCCAUGGUUACUCCUCUAUUCUCCAUCUGGGGCUCCGUCUUCGCCAAGGCCAACGCCGUCUACAACCCCAUCGUGUACGCCAUCAGCCACCCCAAGUACCGAGCUGCCCUUGAGAAGAAGCUGCCUUGCCUUGCCUGCAACACUGAGGGUAGAGACGGUGGUGGCUCUGAUGCCGGUUCUACUGCUACUGCUGAAAAUAAUGAAAAGGCGGAAUCUGCAUAAUUGCAGAUGAACAACGAGAACGAUGGUUUGAAGAGGACGGAAACAUUUUAACGUAUCCCUUUUAUUUGCUAAAGUAACUGCAAAUAUAUCCCAGCAUUGA